AGUAGUGACACACACACACCAGAAGAACAGGAGGAGGACAGGGAAAUAGAGGUGGAGAAAGACACGAGAGCCGUUUAUUUCUCACAAGGGUUCCGUAGGCUCCGCCGGCGCCUCGAUUUCGCUAUCGCUGAGAGACGGACGGAGCUGCAACCAUGGAGGAGGCGAAAAACAAGGAGAAGAAACAGCCGGAAAAGAUGGAGGAGAAGGGCCAGCAGCCCGCGGGGAAGGACAAGGACAAGGACAAGGAAAAGAAAGAGGAGCAGGAGCUGUCUGAAGAAGACAAGCAGCUUCAGGAGGAGCUUGAGAUGAUGGUGGAGAGACUGAGUGAGGAUGACACCUCCCUGUAUCGACCCGCUUUGGAGGAGCUGCGACGCCACAUCCGUUCCUCCACCACCUCGAUGACGUCGGUGCCAAAGCCACUCAAGUUCCUGCGUCCGCACUACACCAAGCUGAAGGAGAUCUACGAGGGCAUGGCGCCAGGGGACAACAAGAGGUUCUGUGCAGAUGUGGUGUCGGUGCUCGCCAUGACAAUGAGCGGCGACCGAGAGUGCCUGAAGUAUCGUCUGCUGGGGUCGCAGGAGGAGCUGGCAUCCUGGGGCCACGAAUACGUCAGGCACCUGGCAGGGGAGGUGGCCAAGGAGUGGCAGGAAGUAGAGGAGAGUGACAAGGCCCAGCAGGAGGUGCUGCUGAAGCUCGUAAAGGAGAUAGUGCCCUACAACAUGGCUCACAACGCAGAACAUGAAGCCUGCGACCUGCUGAUGGAGAUCGAACGCCUUGACAUGCUGGAGCAGUACAUUGACGAGAAUGCCUACGCCAAGGUGUGCCUCUACCUGACCAGCUGUGUGAGCUAUGUCCCCGAGCCAGAGAACAUAGCACUGCUCAAGUGCGCCCUCAACAUCUUCCGCAAGUUCGGUCGCUACCCAGAGGCACUGCGUCUGGCGCUGAUGCUGAAUGACGUUGAGCUGGUGGAGGACAUCUUUACCUCCUGCAAGGAUAUCAUCAUCCAAAAGCAGAUGGCCUACAUGCUUGGCAGACAUGGCAUGUUCCUGGAGCUCAGCGAGGAUGUUGAGGAUUAUGAGGACCUCACAGAGAUCAUGUCCAACGUCCAGCUCAACAGCAACUUCCUGGCCCUGGCCAGAGAGUUGGACAUCAUGGAGCCCAAAGUCCCUGAUGAUAUCUACAAAACCCAUUUAGAAAACAACAGGUUCGGAGGCAGCGGCUCCCAGGUGGACUCUGCCCGCAUGAACCUGGCCUCCUCCUUUGUCAACGGCUUUGUGAAUGCUGCUUUUGGGCAGGACAAGCUGCUGACAGACGAUGGGAACAAGUGGCUUUACAAGAACAAGGAUCAUGGCAUGCUGAGCGCAGCUGCCUCCCUUGGGAUGGUGCUGCUGUGGGAUGUGGACGGUGGUCUGACCCAGAUCGAUAAGUACCUGUAUUCUACCGAGGACUACAUCAAGUCUGGUGCUCUGUUGGCCUGUGGCAUCGUGAACUCGGGCGUGAGGAAUGAGUGUGACCCUGCCCUCGCGCUGCUCUCUGACUACGUCCUGCAUAACAGCAACAUCAUGAGGAUUGGAGCCAUCUUCGGGCUGGGCCUGGCCUACGCUGGCUCUAACCGAGAGGAUGUCCUCUCUCUCCUGCUUCCAGUCAUGGGGGAUUCCAAGUCCAGCAUGGAGGUAGUGGGUGUGACGGCGCUUGCCUGUGGAAUGAUCUCUGUGGGUUCCUGCAAUGGGGAUGUCACCUCCACCAUCGUGCAGACCAUCAUGGAGAAGUCAGAACAGGAGCUGAAGGACACGUAUGCCCGCUGGCUGCCCCUGGGCCUGGGAUUGAACCACUUGGGUAAAGGUGAGGCCAUCGAGACUACGCUAGCUGCUCUACAGGUGGUUCCGGAGCCUUUCCGAAGCUUUGCCAACACCCUGGUGGACAUAUGUGCAUAUGCAGGCUCAGGAAAUGUACUGAAGGUACAACAGCUGCUGCACAUCUGCAGUGAGCACUAUGACACCAAGGACAAGGAGGAAGACAAGGACAAGAAGGAGAAGAAGGACAAGGAGAAGAAGGACAAGGACAAGGAGAGCACAGCAGACAUGGGCUCCCACCAGGGGGUGGCUGUGCUGGGUAUCGCGCUCAUCGCUAUGGGGGAAGAGAUUGGCUCAGAGAUGGCUCUGCGGACAUUUGGACAUCUGCUGCGCUACGGGGAGCCCACCCUUCGCCGAGCUGUGCCUCUGGCACUUGCCCUUAUCUCUGUCUCGAACCCACGCCUCAACAUCCUGGAUACUCUGAGCAAGUUCUCCCAUGAUGCCGACCCUGAGGUCUCCUACAACUCCAUCUUCGCUAUGGGUGUGGUGGGCAGCGGCACCAACAAUGCGAGACUUGCUGCGAUGCUCCGGCAGCUCGCGCAAUACCACGCAAAGGACCCCAACAACCUGUUCAUGGUGCGGCUUGCACAGGGCCUCACUCACCUGGGCAAAGGCACUCUCACCUUGUGCCCCUACCACAGUGACCGGCAGCUUCUGAGCCAGGUGGCAGUGGCUGGCCUGCUCACCGUCCUUGUGUCCUUCCUGGAUGUCAAAAACAUAAUCCUGGGGAAGUCCCACUAUGUGCUGUACAGCUUGGUGGCCGCAAUGCAGCCUCGCAUGCUCGUCACCUUCGACGAGGAGCUGCGGCCCCUCCCCGUGUCCGUCCGAGUGGGACAGGCAGUGGAUGUGGUCGGCCAGGCUGGGAAACCCAAAGCCAUCACAGGCUUCCAGACUCACACGACCCCAGUGCUGCUGGCUCACGGCGAGAGGGCGGAGCUCGCCACGGAAGAGUACCUGCCCGUCACGCCCAUCCUGGAGGGCUUUGUCAUUCUGCGCAAAAACCCCAACUAUGAUGCCUAGGAUGCCUCCUGCCACUCCCCUGUCUCUAUAACAGAGGCCUUUUAAACACACCACACAAUGUCCCUUUCUCCUUCUUCCCCCGAACAUCAUCUCUGAAGUAGGACCCUGCAGGUCAGCAAUCAGGUUGCUGGGAGCUGCUCGGGAAGUUGGCCGAGGCCAACCCCUAUGGCCUUGAGGAGCUCCGAUGGCUCCAUCCUCCUCAAGGGGCCACGGGGCCUGGUCCAUGGCAGGAGGUUGACUGGUCCCCCAAUGAGUACUGAUCCUCGAUUAUAUCAUCUGAUGAUUAACUUGGAAAAGCUAAACGCAAAUACUGAUGCUGAUUGAGGCUCAGUGCUCAACUUUUCACUGUUUAAAACCAUUCCCUCUCUGAUGUCCCCAGUUAAAAUGAGGAUGAGUUCAAUAAUGCAGAGCCAAAAAUCUGUUUGUAGAAAACGAUGGUGCAGUCAACUGCAAGGUGACAAGUAUCAUACACAUUUUUUUUUUGGAACAUUUUUGUAAAAAAAAAAAAAAAAAGCAUGGAGAUGUGUCUACAGUAUCUUUAGUGAUGUUUGGUUGGUUUUUCGUACAGGACAGAAUUCAGCUUAAAUAAAAUGUGAUCUAAACACA